AUGUCUUUUGGUGGCGGGAGAGGCGCUAGGAAGCCACUGCCUCCAGGCUCGGAAUUCAACUGGCAAAAAGCACCUGGAGAACUUCCAGAUGGCGCGCCUACCCCUACAUUCCCACCUUACGACACACCCACAGCCGAGCCUUUACAAACCCGCGAACGAGCCGAAGUAGAUCGAUAUCGAGCGCUCAGGGAUAGAUUCCAGAAUGGGCCUUACUAUGCGGCCGUGAACGCUGCUAGUACUUCUGCAAAGAAGGGGACCGCGGAGAGAGCAGAGUUCGAUCCAUUCAACGGCAUGCCAUCGUACAGUUCUCGUUAUCAGAAGAGGAAGCGGACGGUGCCGAAAAUAUCUGGGAGGGAGUAUGUUGUGCACUUCUUCCCUCGCGAAUUGUGGCGCAUCGUGCGCCCAGAUUACAAACCGGAUCGACCCGACGCUCAAAUAACAGGAGGACGAUGGAAAAGAGUCCAAGCUCACUUCGAAGACGACGACGACGAAGAUGUUGACGAAGACGAAAAAGCGCGCAAGCGACCGAAGGCUGGUGACGAGGAAGGCGGCGGCGACGAGGAGGAGGCACAGGAAGAUGAGGGCAAGGAUCUGGAUGAUGAAGGGGAGAAAGAAGGGAGUGAUGAAGAUGAUGAGUUGCGCGACGAUGAUUUCUCCGAAGAUGACGAUGAGAUGGGGGGUGACUAUAAUGCGGAGCAGUAUUUCGAUGGUGGUGACGAUGAAGGAGAUGGAGAUGGCUUUGCUGAUGGCGGCGGUGGGGGAGGUGAUGAAGACUUCUUCUAG